AUGGUACGCUGUGCCUCUUCUCGCAAUCAUGCACAGUAUGCCAAGAUGGAAUUAAGCGACAGAGCCACAUCGCGAUCUCUGCACCAAACCGAAGAGAUGCUUGAAGUAACGCCUUGUAGAAAUUUGAGCAUGCGCAAUAACGAAGUGGCUAAAGUAAAUCAAGGUUAUGAACAAGUGGUUAACAAGAACAGAAUGUGGCUUAUGUGCUAUUGUUUCAUUGGUAUCAUGGUAUCUUUUACACUACAUGGCAUAAUGUUGGAACGAAUUGCGACACACCGUGUACUUGGCGAGAUGUCAAUGACUUCAGUCUUCUGUGCAUUUAAUUCAAUAGUGGCCAUUGGAUUAAGUCGCGUUCGGAACGAGAAACCAUCGACGAUGCCCCAAAGUCUUUUAGCAUUAGUUGGCGCGUUGGCGUUUGCCUCAACAAUCGCGUCCAUGGUAGCUCUGCGAUAUGUUACGUACAUCACGAGAAUAUUGGGCAAAUCGUGUAGAUCCAUACCAAUUAUGGUUUUAGGUGUACUUUUGGGCAGGAAAUAUGACUUGAAGAAGUACCUGUCGGUCAUCGUACUAUCGACAGGAGUAGCAAUCUUCUUAUUUGGCACAGUUCAGGAAAAGCAGGAGGAUUCUGUGGAGCAGAACUCAUAUGACGACACUUCGGCAGAGCACAAGCGGACGCCCAAUAUGGUGAUAGGUUUUUCUCUUCUCGUUUUAUCACUUUUUCUCGAUGGAGCUACUGGAGCCCUUGAGGACAAAUUCAUGGAGACGUACCAUAUUGGCGCUUUUGAUCUCAUGUUUUCCGUCAACCUUUACAAGGCUUUAUUUUCAGCCUUUGUAAAGUCAUGUGUAUCUCGGCUGUACAACAUUGACUCACCACAAGUUCGCUCAUUUGCACACCGCGUGAACAUGGUGCUCAAAGAGGAUGUGCCUAAGCUUGGAAAUCGUGGCGAUGAAGUGUCCGUGAAAGCUGGAUAUGCGCGUAACUUUUUAUAUCCCGAAAAGCUAGCGGUAUAUGCAACAAGUGCCAACCGCGAAAAGUAUAAAUUGAACCACGAGUCGGUGGACGAAGUGCUGCUAGAGAAGGAACAGAAGCUUGAGGCAAUCAUUCACAACCUUAGUAACAUUGAGUUGGUUUUUAAACGUCAUACACCAUCCAAAUCUGACGUCAAGCUGCAUAGCGAAGUGAAUGUGCAGAACAUCUCUGACAUGUUAGAGAAGCAACACGGGCUUAUUGUAGGUGUGGCUCGCAUUGACCUUCCCAAACCGAUUAAGACACUAGGCGAGCAUACAGUCAAGAUUCGCGUAGACGACGCCAUUGAAGAGGAGUAUGCAGCUGGCAAUGUUUCCUCAUAUACGGAUCAAGAGGUCAAGGCUGAGACUGAUGAUGACAAGAAACAAAAGAAGGGACCGUCUAAGAAGAAGUGGAAGCGAGAGUUAAGGAGCAAGCACAAGCCUACGCAGCGUAUUCUGUGGCGUGGAAAGCUUAUCACAAUGUUUGAAUCACGUGUGUAUGAACUCAUUGCAAAGAUUCCGAGAGGCAAAGUUAGUACUUAUGGCGGUGUCGCAAAGGCGCUUCAAUCAGGACCACGAUGUGUUGGUCAGGCCUUGCGUAAGAAUCCUUUCGCCCCUGGGAUCCCGUGUCACCGAGUCGUGGCUGCUACACUCGACAUUGGAGGAUUUCAAGGCGCGAGUGGAGAAGCAUCACCUUCUAUUCAAAAGAAGCGGGCACUGCUGGCGGAAGAGGGUGUGAUAUUCACAAAUGAUCACAAGAUCGAUCCGGCCAGCCUUUUCGACUUCAACUUAGCUGCUGACUAA